AUGGGCAUGCCCAUUUGGCUUCCGAGCAACCGUAUUCUCUACCUCUUUCAAAACUGGGACUACUCUUAUGAUGAAAAAAACGUGUUGCAAAUAUCUAAAAAAAUCCAAAUCUUGAUCUUCUGUAAAGAAAAAACACCACGCCGUGCUGUUGUCGGUAAUCUUUUCACCUUUCUGCAUUGUCAUGCUCACACGCAAUAUAGAGCUUCCUCUUCGAAGAGCGAAGGUACUAGGCUGAGUUUGAUCCACCUGUCGGUUGGAGAAACAGGAAUCAUAGUUGUAUUUGUAAUGUGUGAAGAAACCCAUGACAUAAUGCUCGUCCUCACAAAUAUUGAUAUUUUUUAGGAAGUCGCGAUGCAUUACGCAUUUUUCCUGAUGAACUGCAAGCUCCUCUAACAGUUGCAUUGCUCCGACUAUGGGGGGAACUAUCGGCGCGGUCUCGUUUAUAAGGAUCCAAGCGAAGAGGAAAGCCCUCCUGGUGGACUGCGUUCGUCGCAUCUGUUGCACCGUUUCGAAUUUGAAAUCGAAGAUCAUCCCGAAUUAGGUUUCCGUCGGGACGAAAGCGUCCUUGGUUCUGCACAUGGCAAGAGAAAAUUGUACGAGGCAGAACGCAGAGGUAUCAAGAACGGCGAUGCCGAUACUCUGGACGAUAGAGCUCCACUUUCGGAGCAAGACGUGGACGCGGAAGAAGGGCCCGUGAAAGCAGAACAAAAUGGUGAAGAUCAAAUGCAAGGCGUGCAAGCGUCGGAAGUGGGAACGGAAAAGGAGGAAGAUCACCAAGAGGAACAAAAUAGAGUAGCAGGAUCGACAUCAGGGAUGGGUUCAGCGCUUGAAGACGGAUCGAGGACUACGCGUCAAGAAUCAAGACCAAAAAACUCAACACCGCAUCCUCAAGAGUGCAAAACAGACGUUGGUGCCUUUUCGCGGCACAGUCUCGUCGCGUCAGAACACUGGUCUCAGUAUUCCACACUUUAUCAAUACCCGGGAACUCGCCGUUUUCGUUCGUUUCUGCACCUAAAACAAGGUCUAGCGUCAGAACGCACCAACCAUUAAGGCUGGCUGCACCUUUGGAGUUGUUCCAGAGGAGUCUACAACAGUGCGUAGUGCACAGCCAGUGUGUAGUGCACGAAUGAGAAUGCGGACAUGUCCCUGGAGCAGAUUGUGGAUAGACAAGAUAGAAGCGUCAGUGGACCUUGAUUUUGAUGAUUUGAGGUGGUAUGUAGGAUUAUAUAUAGUAUACUAAGUAGAAGAUGAUAUUGACGUUGAUGAUUUUUCUCAGUUGCUUUAGCCUAUUUCUAAAAAUAUCUCCGUGGCGUUGCAGAGCCGGAAGCACGUAAGACGAAGAUGAUGCGAGAUUUGCAUUCGGAAAAGGUUCGCCACAUGCGGGAUCUAUAUCUUACGGGUAUUCUAAUCCAUGUUGCGUCUUAUCUUGCGCCUCGUGUUCGAGGUUGAGUGUGUGCUACCAGGUAAUUCAAAUUAUUCGCUACACCUUUAUAUUUUAUGAUUAUAAGAAUCAUCAUCCUCACGCACAUAGUGAGCGUAAGUUCAUCACCGCUCUUCUAUUCGAACCACUUACAAACCAGCGCUCAGAUAGUUGUUGUUGUAGGGUAACAAUUUUCGGGAGCUGGUUCUAAUCUUCGAGAAGCGCUUAACUGGCUGUUGGACCUAGCGCUUGAGUAGUUGAGAUGCCGAGCCUUAGGCGAUCCGUUUCGCGUGCACACAGUCUCUGCAUGAGGGUUCUCAAGCCUUUGGUGGCAGCUGUGUCGCAACAUGUGACAUGUAGCACGGGGGGGCAAGUAAGAUGUACAAAAAACGAAAGCAAGGAUGCGGGACGAUUUGACAUAACUGCCAUAUGUGAGUGCCUGCGCGUAAUAUUCUUGCGCGUGGUUUCAAAUUUGGGAAGGGAGGUCAGAACCACCUCAGUUUCUUGCCUGAUGGAUGCUGGUGAUAAACACUUAGCCAGAUUAUUGAAUAAUGAAGAUCCCCACUUGAUCACCUAAUAGAUUUCGUGUAGCUUGAGCUUGCAGAGCCUGAGUUGGAAACCGGGGACCGUCUCGGAAGUCAUGGAUUUGUGUAUGUGUGUGGUCGUUUUUCCGCUCUAUCGACGCACCACCUACUCACUCUUAGCUUUUUCCUUUUCUUCUGAAGAAUUCCUCACCGGUAGUUCCCUGUAUGUAGUAGAGGCAUUUGAAUUUGUAUGUUGGAUGUGCCACUUUCGGUAAUGAAGGUAAGAAAGAUGCGCAGGACCUACGGUGUGUCGUAUUUGAUGGCAGCGCGGGCCACAAAUAAAAGAAAAAGCUCGCAUUCCACCACAAGGCUGCGUGUCUGUACAAUAUAGACAAAAUGACCAUAAUCAAAGAGCGCCGCGGGCUGGCCUCACCGACUUCUCACAGUCCCA